AAAGAAAGAAAUGGACCCAAAUGAUUACUUUGUAAAAGGAGCGGAGGUAGAGAUCAGCAGCGACGAAGAAGGAUUUCGCGGCUCAUGGUUCCUCGGCACCAUCGUCCGUUCCCCCACAUUUCAUAACAGGACCAUUACCGCCGACAACAAAGUCUUGGUCCAGUACAAAACUAUUUUUGUUGACGAGGUUUCCGGGAAUCUACUGCAGGAAUAUCUCAAUUUGGUGCAGCUCCGACCACCGGCGCCGAGAGAGCUCGACCGGAAGUUUCACUUAAGCGAGGAAGUUGAUGCCUGUCACAAUGAUGGGUGGUGGGAAGGUGUGAUAACUGAAGUUCUUGAUGGAGAUAGGUACUCUGUUUUCUUUAGGGCUACGAGGGAACAGAUUGAAUUUGAAAAAUCGAAUCUUCGGCUACACAGGGAAUGGAAAAACGGAAAAUGGUAUCCACCAUUAGAAGAUAAACCAAAGGAAGUGGUCAAGGAGGAGAAGUUUAUCAAAGGGAUGCUAGUUGAAGUUAGCAGUGAUGAAGAAGGAUUUGAAGGUGCUUGGUUUGUUGCUACUGUUGCUGAACUGUUAGAAGAUGGGAAAUUCAUCAUUGAGUACAAAUCGCUGAGAAAUGAGGAUGAUACUGAAUUCUUGAGAGAAGAGGUUACUAAAGAGAGUCAUAUAAGACCUUGCCCACCUGAUGUUGCAGUUGAACGUUUCAAUCUGAAUCAAGAAGUUGAUGCUUUGCACAAUGAUGGAUGGUGGGUCGGUAUAAUUUCGAAAGUUCUUGACGACGGUACAUACAUAGUGUAUUUCUUGGAAACAGGUGAAAAUAUUGCUUUCAAACAUUUGGAUUUGAGGAUACACCAAGAAUGGAUCAAUGGGAAGUGGACUAUCUCUUCUCAGAUAGGGGGUCUGAAAGAAGCCUGAAAGCUUGUGAACCUUUCUCUCUUGUAAAUGAUGCCAUGAAGUCAUCUUCUUCUUUUUUUCAUGGUUAGUUUCUUGAGAAUUAUAAGAAUGAAAAUGUAAAACUUGUCUCCUUGGUUAUGUCUGUCAGAUAAAACUUGUUUCUUGUUUUGGUGGGAUUAUGCAUUUUGUCUGGGAAAUGACUAAAAACUAUGAAUUUAAUGCUUGUUUUGGUCA